UAAACAACCGCGGAGAUAUCGUUCGUGCUCGUCGUGUAUACAAAAAUUAUUCUUCGUUCAACUUUUUGUAAAGAUUUUAGCAGCUUUUAGAAGUUUCAUGCGCAUAGAAUUAAAUAAAAAGUGAAACUCAUCGCUUUCUACAUAAAAUGAACUUCAGUCAAGACUACCAACGUUCGGUUGAGGAUGUCCACACGAUAGUUCAGUACGCCAAGCUGGACCACAACAACUUGACCAACACAUCGCAGGCCAUAUACUAUCCGGAUGGCGAUCAGGACAUGUCCCGACUGAAGCUCCUCGAAGCGGACGAUCACAUUCUGGAGCAAAUCAAGGCAGGCAAGUCGGUGUCCUUCAAGGGGGCCCUGAACGAAAAGGUGGUCAUCUGCACCGAAUCGCGCACGUACGAAGUCAAGGAAGCGGAAAUAUCCAACAGUUUGCUGUUGGUACCAAAUCUAAAACAAGCGCAGGCCACCAGCCGAUCACCGAUCAAAAGUCCCAAGGGGGGUGUGAACACCUCGCUGGACAGUAGCACCGAGGAGGUGGACGAGGCGGCGGUGGACAGUAUCGAUACGGUGGAACGGAAGGAUGUGGUCAAAAUAUUCCACGAUUACUUCGAGUGUCGCCAGGUAAAGCCCAAGUACCGGAAAAUCAUCGACCUGCUCCGGUUGACCAAGUACUCCGGGCCGGAAAACGAGCACCAGGUGGAUCGGUCGUUGCUGUUCCGAUUCCAUCAGCUGUUGGACACGGUUCAGUGUAGCAAAGAGGAGUUCCAGGACGGACUGAAGAAAUACCGUGCGAUCGAAAUAGACGACCGGAUUCGCAUGCUGGACAGCGAAUACGAGUACCGGAUUGUCACACUGCUGUUGGCUUUGAUUGCGGAAAAUUCCUGGCAGCUGGACGAGAUCGAUAAGGAUGUUAGUCUGGAGUCGCUGCAGGGGAUCGUACCGUUCGAAGUAGCCGAAGGCGUCUUCGAUAUCUACACGGAAAAAAGCGAAAGAGUCCCCGGUCGAUUCAAGUAUCGUGAGAAUCUAGUCUGCUCCUUGUUCGCGGAGAAAAUUCUUCAGCAGGGUCUGAAGUUUCAAAUCGACGAUUUCCUGACGACCUGGCAGGAGACCCUACCGGAGGGGUUUACAGCCGACGAACGGUAUCUGCGCGGGAUAGGAAUUAUCGAUCGCGAAGGAAACGUUCCCUGCGUGAGGGGGUUGAAUGAAGCGGAUUUACCUACGAAUCUACUGGUCCGAUUGGUGACGCUGUUCAAAACCAAGGAACGUUGGAACCUGGAGCAAAUUGAACCUUACAUUGAAUGCUUCACAACUCCGACGCUGGGUGUUACGUCUAUCCUGGCUAAACACACUCGGUCUUUGGUUGUGAACGGCGUGCGAAUCUACGUAUCCAAGCACUGAUAUUCAAGCUUCCUACAACAUUGCGGUAAGUUUAUGAAACAUCAGUUAAGUUGCCCUAGAACAUAAGAUCUAAAAUUAGUUUUCUAUACAUAAAUGCUAAACUGAA